UGUAUCAAUGCAUAGGAUAACCUUUACGUUGUUUUGAACAGUUUACUAAUUUGUCUCAUUAUUAUUUUAAUUCUGUCUGACCGCUGCGCCAUUUCACAUACGUAAGGAGCAUAAGGUCGUUAUCUCGAAUACCGGUUUCGUAACCUUUGAAAACUCAAAGGUAACGAAACCCAAAUGCAAAAAAGAUCACUUAUGAUGAUAUGUAUCAAAGAACAUUUUUAAUGAAAUGUGUUAUCACCCCGUAUGAAAUUUAAUUCUUUUUCAUAUGACAUCUCACACAUGGUAAAAAGUGAUCUCAAAGAUAGUUCAACAGUAUUUUUGGAAAAUGGCCGCCAUUUUUUGUUCCAGCAGUAUAUUUUCAAGGAAGUCCACUUAGAAAUGGUGCAGGGGGGUUCCCUCCACACGUUGAUACCCACCGACCUUUAACGACAUUCCAUGUCUCAAAAACCUGCUUCCCCCUGGGUAAAUUUGUUUUUACAAACCUGCCCAAUCCCCUAAAGUAAAUGACAGUCUCCACCAAAAAUAGUGUUUACGAUAAAUUGAACGAACGUUUUAUCAAAUUUGCUGGAAAAACUACGAAAUUGGCCAAUAAAACCUUUAUAAAAUCUCGUUGACAGAUGUGAAAGUCUCAUCAAUUACGUUAGUGGAACAUGUAUGUGUUGUAUAAGUAACGGUAAUUGCUCGUAUAAUCAUCAUCAUCAUCACCAUUAUCAGUAUUACCGUUAUCAUCCGUUUCAAAAUGCUCAUCACAGUUAUUUCUUCAGUUGUUGUUUGUUCUUGUUCUUGCUGAUUUAAAAAAUAUUAAUAUUUUUUCUAAAUACAGGCUAAAGACCCAAAGAUAGGUGUAUUUUGGAAGUUGCUGCUUGGUACCGUAACCUGCUUGUCUUUCGCCUUGCCUGUGUUAUCGGAUAGGACAUCUUGUUCAGACUGGUACGGCCUAAAUUACACUUUGCCCAUGUUCCAAAAGUGUAAGAUGAUGCGACUCAAGGAUGGCAGCAUGGUGCAGAGCAUCCCCAAACUCAUCCCUUUCCCUUCUGUCAUCGGCGGGUGCCACCAAAGGAAGAGUAAAGAAGGGAUCCCGGGCGGGCAUAGAAUAUGCAGAAUCCCGUAUUGUGACGAAAACCUCUGUAACAACGGCUGGUGUGAAGAGACUAUGGUAGGCUACAACUGUACCUGCUCAAGUGGGUUUCAAGGGAGACACUGCGAUGAAAUGAUCAUACAGUCAACGACGGAAGCGACGACCAAGCCUACGAUGAGCCCUUCAACUACGAUAUCGGAACGCUCAGACACAACGACUUUCCAAACCACCACUACCACGAUCGGUGACAACGGAAGCGAAAACCAAGUCCGCGACGAGCCCUACGGCCACGAUGCCGGAACGAUCAGAGGCAACGACAUCGCAAGAGCAAGAAACCACAACCUCAAAGUCAGCAGAAUUAUCGACUACGGACGCGACGACCAAGGCCACGACGAGUUCUACGACCACGAUGUCAGACACAACGACAUCGCAAAACACCACCACCUCCAAAAUGAUGGCCAUAUCGGAAGCGACCAGGAGGAGGCGGUGGAAGAUGACGACGACGAGGAGGAGGGAGAACCAUCAAGAUGGCAGUUUGACGGCGAUGAAGAUGAGGUAACGGGGAAACUAAGAAAGGAGAAGUAG